AGUAGUUUCUCUAAGCGUGGGUAAGUGUAUUUCUAUUGCGAAAGUUUAGAAAGUUUUUAUAAUUUUAUUUUAUGAUAUUUCAAUGUUUGUUCUCUUUUAUUUAUUGUAAUAAUUAGAUAUUUUCUUAUAUAUUGUUUGAUGUAAAUAUAAUACAUAUUUAAAUCUUUUUGUACUUUACUAAAAAAAGAUUUACAGGUUAAAUUUUAUUGAUAUACAUAUACUUCUUCGAUAUUAUUGUAAAAAUGAAACGAAAUACAUCAAGUUAUUUGCAUCGCGAUGAAAGAUUUAAACAAUUACGUAGUGAAGAUAGCGAAAGUGGUCUACGUUUAAGAACAGAAGAUGAACGAUUACAACAUAGACGCGAAGAAUGGAUGAUACAACAAGAACGAGAACGAGAACACGAAAAAUUGAAAAAAAAAAUGAUUUUAGAAUAUGAAUUACGACGUGCUCGUGAGAAGAAAUUAGCAUUAUCGAAAAGAAGUAAAACUAAAAGUAGAUCUCCAGAAAUUCAAGAUAGAAAUAACGCAUCAAACACAUCUAAAACAUUUAUAUUAUUCGAAAAAUCAAAAUCUUCAGAUGAUACGUCUUUAUUUAGAGGACCAGAAGGUACUCAAAUUAGUGCAACAGAAUUACGAAAAAUUAAAGUAGAUAUUCACAGAGUUUUGCCAGGAAAACCAACAACAACGACUGAUGAAGUUAAACGAGAUAUUAUCAAUCCUGAAGAUGUGAUGGUCAAAAGAAGAACGGGAGAAGGAUCUAAGCCUAUAUUUGAAAGAGAAGAAAUAAAAAAUGUAUUCACACAUACAAGUGAAAUUACGGAACAUGGUACAGUUUUAGUUGUAAAUAUUGAAAGAUCAGAAAAUGAAACCGUAACAUGCAAAAAUAUUGCUCCGUCAAAUUUCUUAAGAAAUCAAAGUCGUAGUUUUCAACAUACAUCAUCUCGUUAUUCCAGCUUUGCUUCGCAAAAGAUAGAAGAAAUGGCAGGAUUGAACAAGAAUAUUUGUCAUCUCCUGUGCCAACAUUAUCUUCCUGUUCAAAAAGAAAAAGGCGUCUUGCGGGAAAGAAGUUGCAGUAGAGAUAGAAAUAAAGAAUAUAAAAAAAAGGAUAGACAAUAUGAAAAAUUAAGAACAGAUAAUGAAAAAGAAAAACUUUCACAAGAAAAAACAAGUCGUAAACGUUAUUCUCGUUCAAGAGAACGAGAGAAAAAAUCAUAUAAAAAUGAAAAUUCUUAUCGAGAAUAUCGAGAAACAUCAAGAGAACGAUCUCGAGAUAGAAGAGAACGAGAAAGAUCUGGAGAACAUAAAAUAAUUUCAUCUUUAUCGAACAAUUAUAACAAUUAUAAUAAUAAUAAACAUUAUAAUAAACAUUAUAAUAAACAUUUAUAUUACAAUAUUAAUUAUAUUGAGCAAAUUCCUGUUCCUAUUUAUUAUGGGAAUUUUCCACCAAAUCCAAUAAUGGUUAGACCUUGGGUUCCAAUGCAAGAGCAAAUACCAAGAUUUAGGUAUAUUGGUCCAUUAACAUCAUUUCCACCACGAUUUAUUCCUCCAAAUACGUAUAGACGUCCACCUUUAAAUCCUAGAUUUAGACCUAUGUAUUAAUGAAAAAUACGAAAAUUUUAUAUAAUAAAAAGUUUAUAAUGCCAACAUAUUGAAUAAUGAGAUGACAUUUCACAAAAAAUAAAAAUUUGUCAUAGUAUAUAUCGAGAUUGGACAAUUAAUGGUUCGAGAGUCAAAUAACUUGUACACCUUUUGUUCAAAAGAAUUGUAAAAAAUUAAUAAAAAAUAUGAAAUUUUUAUAUAA